GAGAGAGAGAGAGGCGCGUGCAGGGGGAGCGGACAGGUGAGACACCGGGACACAGAUCUCUUUUAUUCGAGGACAUCCAGAUGUGUGGAUCUGCAAAGUGCUAAACAUCAGACUGCAGACUUCCUGAACAUCCUAACUCACCUCUCUCACAGAAAACCACACACACACACACAUACACACGCUUUCCAUGGCACACCCGUACGAGCCCUGGCUGCGUGCGGCGCCACCCGGAGGCCCGGAGGAUGUAGGCAUGUCUGGUUGGUGGGAUCUGCACAGUGGAGCCGCAGGGAGCUGGAUGGACCUGCAGGGGUCGGCAGCGCUAGGAGUCGGGGGCGGGGCCAUGGCUCAGGGCGGGUCCAUGGGUCUGCAGCCAGGCGUCAGCACCUACAACCCUGAGGCUCAGAUGUGUUGCCUGCCCUCCUCACCCCAUGCUGGGCCACUUUACCCCCCUGAUGGCUUUAAAAUGGAGCCCCUGGCCCCGGACAUGCUGAACACGCCGCAUCAUGCCGCCUCCUUUUCCCUGGAGGAGUCGCAGGAGGGAACGAGCGGGUCGGCCCGUCCCAAAUCUCAGCGCCGAUCUGGAACCAGAGCUCCGGGUCAGACGGCUUGCCGUUGUCCCAACUGUCUGAACGCAGAGUCGCUAGGAACGAGCAACGACAAUGACGACGCCAACAAGCGUAAACACCUGCACAACUGCCACAUCCCGGGCUGUGGGAAGGCCUACGUGAAAACGUCACACCUGAAAGCUCACCUUCGCUGGCACAGCGGCGACCGGCCCUUCGUCUGCAACUGGCUGUUCUGUGGGAAACGCUUCACGCGUUCUGAUGAGCUGCAGCGCCACCUGCAGACGCACACCGGCGCCAAGCGCUUCAGCUGCAGCGUUUGUCCACGUGUCUUUAUGCGCUCAGACCACCUGACCAAGCACAUGCGUGUUCAUGAGGACCAGGGAGGCACGGAAAGCACCUCACCUGCCUCUAUCAGUGACGGAGCCCUGACCUCUGGACCCACCACCGGGGCGGCGACACAGGGUCUGCGUCUGAAGAGCGAAAGCAGUGGAGAGGAGACACCAGCGAACAGCACCUAAACCAAACACCACCAAGAGAACACUGCUUUAGCCCUGAAGCUACUGUUAAACUUCAACUUGCUGGUCACAGCACUGUUAGCAUUGUUAGCAUUAAUUAGCACUGAAUAUCACUGAUUAAUAUUGACCCUAGCAUCAUUAACAUUAGGCUGUUAAUCAGUUGAAGCAUUAGCAUUAGAUGCACUAUCUAUGCUAACAUCACCAAUACCAGUACAACACUGUGUAAUGAGCUAGCGCAGUUAGCAUUAGCCAGCACUUUUUUUUUUUUACUUAUUAAUGGUGGAGUUAAUGCUGUUAAUUAAAACUAAAAACUGAUUGAUAUAUAGUUAGAACAGUUAGCAUUAACUGAUUAGCACUGAAUAGCAUUCACUAAGGUGUUUUAGCAUUAAUGCAGUUAGCAUUAACACAAACAAUUACCACUGUUUAUAUCUGGAUCAUAUCAAUAACUAGUUUAGGGGUUAGCAUGGAUGCAUUAGCCUACAGGAUGACUAAUAGUGAUGAUAGCACUGUUAGCAUUAGCUGGUUAGCACCGGAAAUUACUACUGCAGUUAGUGUUAGUUAGGUUAGUAAUAGUGAUGUUAGCAAUGCUGUUAGCAUAAAAAGGCUAACAGACUGCAUCGCUCAUGUGACAUGAGUGACAACAUUAGAGGUCAAGACCGAGCACGUGAUGUGACGUUAGCAGCGUUAGCAUAACACGUAGCGCUGGUAAAUUUAAUGCAGCUAUUAGAGUUGAGACUGUUUACAUUAGUGCAUUAGUGCACACACACACACACACAC